AUGCUUUUAAAACAAUCCAAAAGCAUCUAUUUCUUUUACAAUUAUCUUCUUUGGUUGGAACAUUUUACAUCAAGAAGGAGAAAGAGAAGAGAUAUGUCUCAGACUGUGGUUCUAAAGGUGGCUAUGCCAUGUGAGGGAUGCGUUGGAGCUGUGAAAAGAGUCUUAGGCAAAAUGCAAGGUGUGGAGUCAUUUGAUGUGGAUCUGAAAGAGCAGAAGGUAACGGUGAAAGGCAACGUGGAGCCAGAAGCUGUUCUGCAGACAGUCUCAAAGACAGGAAAGAAAACAAGUUUCUGGGGAGCUGAUGAGGCUGAAACCGCCAAGGCCUAAAUAUCACAAGCACUAAAAGCAUCCUCUCAUGUUAUAAUAAACUCUGUUUUAGCAGAGAUUCCCAAAUAAAAUAGAAAUCAUAUGCAAUACAAAAUAAAUCUAAUCUCUAAACAACCUUUUUGUUCUUAAAAUAGACAUUGUUUUGGGUCUUGUAAUAAUCCUCCUCUCUAGUGCUUUCUCA